ACGAGAGGCUGCACAUUUUUUGAAAACUAGUCACUCUUGACAUGUUUUUUGGAGAACACACUUAGACACACACACACAAACACACAAACACACCAUCAUUUUGCAGUCUUUGAACGUCUUAUGUUGUAACUGAGCUGUUGUUUUCUUAACUAUACCUUCAAUGAGGAUUUGCAUGACCAGUUAAGUUUUUAAAAAUCUAAUUUUCCAGUUUUUCUAAAUACACGUUUUCUCGUUGGUGUGUUUUGCACUCAUCUGCCAACAUGUGCCUCCUGACAACUGCCCUGCUGUUUUCUUUACUUGGUUCCAUUUCCUGUGUUCAGUUUCUGGCACCUCUGAACAUGGGAGGAGUCACAGGACAGGUACACUUUAACUCCACCUCCAAGAUGGCCACUGUUAACGUGUCUGCCGCUGGAUCCUGUGGUUCACUUAACUUUUCCCUCAGCAAGUUCCCCGUCAUGUAUGGCCAUUAUGCUCAGCCCUGUUCUGAAGCCAAUAUUGGCUCCAGCGUCUUCACUUUCACAGCUGAUCCUGCCUCAAACCCCACUGUCAACAUGUCACACCUCUUCGAACAAAGCUCAAACCUGGACGACUUCUCGCUGACUUUGCAGACAUGUAAUGGCACUAAAGUAUGCACGGUUAUAAGUCGAGGUCAGACGCUCUUGACUCAUCAGGCCAUGUUCACCGGUCCCAUUGCGGGUAAUGUUUACAUCCGGCUUAACACAGGACAGACCAACCCUAGGCUGCUUGCAGACCUAGUUACAAUCGGUCAGGUCAAUGCCUCACAAACCAAUGUCACUCUCUUUGGAUCUACGAGCACCGCCGCAAGUUGUAAUGUUCUUCUUGGAAGCUUAGAUCCCUCAGCUUUGACCAAUCUGGGUGUCGUAAAAGUUGGAAGUCCUUUACAGCCUGAGAAAUCCCGUCUGGACCUGACCAGCUUCAACAUCAACAAUGGCUUUCUACUCAUCCACAUGGGGUCAAGUUACAAGUGUGCUCAGAUUUAUAAUGUGCCAGAAAAACAGGUGAGCGCUGAUGUGAAUAUGGGAGGGAUCAAAGGAUACUUCAGUUUCCGUCAGGCUUCCCCGUUUGAUGUGACAGAGUUGAGGGUGAACCUGACUAACUUAAAGAGCAGUGUCGGCCCUUACCAUGUCCACCAUUUUCCUGUCCCCUCAGUCAGGUCACCUCCAUCAAGCCUGUGUUCAAAUGAUAAUGUGGGUGGGCAUUGGAAUCCAUUCAGAGUAAACGUUAACGACUCAACAUAUCCGAAAAUGCCUGGUUCAACACACGACAGAUAUGAGGCUGGUGACCUCAGCGGCAAGCAUAUGUCCCUUGCAGGUAAAAACGAGGUGGACAUGGUGUUCAUGGACUUCAACCUCCCUCUGUUUGGACAGAAAAGCAUCGUAGGUCGCUCAGUUGUGAUUCACCAACCAGGUGGUGCCAGGUAUGUUUGUGCCAGCAUCAGCUAUCCAGGUGAAGUGAUCGUAGCCAGAGCCAGAUUUCACAGCCCUGUGGUUGGUGAGAUCUGGUUCACCCAGCUGAAGAACAACCCUCUUUCUGACGUAUCCAUCUUCAUGGAUUUGUCAUAUGGAAAUCCCACAAUGACACCAACCAGUAACCACAACUGGCAUGUUCACACCUACCCCAUUAGCUCAGAGAGGGAUAAUGAUGAAGGGCACUGCAGCACAACAGGAGGACACUGGAACCCCUUUAACAUUAGCACAGGAAACAUCAGUUAUGCCCUCCACUGUGGCCCAUCCAGUCCCUUGUCCUGUGAGGUGGGAGACCUCUCCAACAAACACACCACCAUCAACCUCGGCACCAGAGUGGGCGGAGUAGAAGCAAAAAACUUUUUCACUGAUGUCACUUCCUGGUUUCCCGGGGAAGGCAUUAUUGGUCGUUCUAUGGUCAUCCAUCAAGCAGAAAGAGGAGGGCUAAGGAUUGCUUGUGCCAAUGUCACAAUGGUCCGGGUCCCCAAAGCUAGCUUGGGUAACUGGUUUGGCCCCGAGAUGUCCAGCGGCCAGGUGCUGUUCUCCCAGGCUGUCCCACAAGGCCCCACGACUAUAAAUGUGUCCCUGAUGAACCUGAACUCCUUAGCUGGGGGUUACCAUGUUCACAUACUGCCCAUCAAACCUGGCAGCGUAGAGCCCUGCUCCAACGCAAACAUCAUGGGCCACUUCAACCCAUUAGCCUGGAAUGUAUCAAACAACCCCGCCCCUGGAGCUGGCACAGUGGACCAGUAUGAGAUUGGGGACAUCAGCGGGAAGUUUGGGGUGCUGAAUGGCCUCAAACAGUCUCAGGCUAUAUAUAUGGACCCUGACAUGCCAUUAACUGGACCCUACGGCAUUGUGGGAAGGUCACUAGUGGUUCACUACUCCAACGGAUCAAGAAUGAGGUGUGCUGACAUCUCAGCUGACAGAGACUCAGAUGGUCAAUGGACUAUUGCCAAGGCUGUUUUCAACAGUACAGUGACUGGGACAGUCAGACUGCGCCAGCAGAUGUUUCCUGAUGGGAGUAGCAGUGAUAUCACACUGGAGGUGACCCUUCAAUCAUCGACAAGACAAAAUACAACUGUGGCAUCCUUGUUCAUCACAAACAACCGCAUGGGCGCCAACAACAGCCAGUGCAACAGUGUCGGGAGCACAUUCAAUCCCUUCAACAUGACGUCAAUGAGUUCCAGCUGUUCACUAAAUAACCCUCUCAGCUGUGUGGUGGGAGAGUUAUCUGUGAGACAAGGCAACGUCAGCCUGACUGAGAGACAGCUCUACACUGACAGCAUCAUCCAGCUCUCUGGAGACAACACAGUGGUCCACAGAUCUCUAGUGCUGAAGAACGGAGACAGCAUCAUCGCAUGUGCCGACAUCCUCCCAGAAUCCCCUUCAGCAGAGCAGACCUUUCCCAGUGUGGCUAACUUCAGCAGAUAUGACUUCCGCAGGAGGGUUGCAGAUGUCCUGCAGUUGGAAGCAGCAAGAGUCAGCAUCCUGCCCAGCUCUCCUCGCUCUGCAGCUGAUGGAAGGUGCCAGCAAGUCAACUUCAUGGUAUCUGGGGAUGUCAACACAGAACUUCUGAAGUCUGUCAAAACCAGUGAGAAGAUGGGCGUGUUCAGAGAGUCUGACUCAUGUACAAGAAGUGCAGGUCUGCUGCUGGUGCCAGGAAGUUUGCUUCUUGGCUUGAUGUUUGCUGCUGCCUGCUGGCUGCCAUCUGCAAUUUAUUCAUAGCUCAAAGAUUCAGCUACACCAUGCAUCAUCAGUGGAGAUACACGGAUCCUCAUAUCAUAAAAAUGUAAAUAUGUUUAUGAAAUGUAGCCCACCAAGUGAUAUGAUCAAUUAUCAAGCAAAUAAUAACUGUCUUUCUUUGUACAGCUUUUGUCAGCCAAUAAAGAUAAAGCCAUUUUACAUUUUUACUUUUUGUAAUAAUCAUUUUAGGCAACAAGCUAUUAAUUAACUGUUCAGUUUAACCUUUAUAGAAACAGAUAUUGCUCAUAUUUUAUUCAUUUGUGCUGUUAAAUGGGUGGGUGAAGUUCCUGAUGUACAUUUUCAGAUAUCCAGACAUUUUAAAUGUAUGCACUAUCCAUAUAUUUGAAUAAAAUACAAUAAUGUUUGUA